AUGCACCAGGAAGGUCACCCAGAUCCUCAGGCCCCAGGCUGCUUUCCUCCUGGCAGGCACACCUCCUCCUGGCAGGAUCCUAUGAGACAAGCAAAUUGUCUUUCUUCAUCCUUUGAUGUUCAUUGUUAUAGGGAAGAAGCAGUUGUACUACGUGAAUAUCUGGACCAGCCGGACAAGAAGGGGUUUUUAGAAGAGUUUCCCCAGAUUAAACGGAAGCUGGAGAAGAGCAUAAAAAAGUUGCGUGAAUGCACAGACAAUGUUGACAAGGUGCACAGGGACUGUACCAUCUCCAAUGUGGUAGCCAGUUCCACCAACAUUGCAUCUGGCAUCCUGACCAUCCUUGGCCUGGCUCUGGAACCCUUUACAGCUGGCAUCAGUCUGGGACUCUCAGCCACUGGAUUAGGACUGGGAGCAGCAGCUGCUGUGACAGGUGUGUCCACCAGCAUCAUGGAACUCGUAAACACGUCAUCAGUAGAAGCCCAACUUGAUUUCCACAGCAUAGCCCAGAAGAUUUCCAGUGGGAAAAGCCUCUAUGAAGCGAAAGAUUUUAGGAAGCAUAUCCGUGCCAUCAGGAUGGCCAAAAGCAACCCUCAGUUAGUAGCUGGGCAAGUCUGUGGCCGAAGCACCCAGCCAGUGAGAGCAGCUUUUGGAGGCACGGCUCUUGCAAUGACCAGAAGAGCCCGCAUUUGUGGUGGAGUCUCUGCAGGUUUGUUCCUCCCAUUCAACAUAUGGUCCCUGGUGAAAGAUUCACAGGACUUGCAGGGUAGGGCAAAGACAGAAUCUGCUGAGAGACUGAGGGAACAAGCCCAGAAGCUGGAGAUGAAUUUGGAGGUGCUCACCCACAUCUAUGAGCGUCUGAAGUAGGCCCCAAUUUGGACACCCCAGAGCAGUGCAGGGACCAGGAACACAUGAGUGGCCA